AUGCAUGAAACUGAGGCACUUCUUUCUGAUCGAUGCGAUACGGCAGAACAGGAUUUUCGUUUCAAUAGAAUCGGUUCGACUGAACAGGUUCUAUCUAUGACAUCCAAACAACAGGAACGUGUUACCACUAUGUUUGGUUCAGAAUACGAUAUACGCAAUGCACAUGAAGGUCUUGGUACAUGUGGUUGGAUUCUUGUCGUAUUAUCUCAUAUAAUAUGUCUUUUAACAUUUCCUUUUUCACUUUGUGUUACAGUCAAAGUUGUACAAGAAUAUGAAAGAGCAGUUAUUAUGCGUCUUGGUCGAAUUCUGUCGGGUGGCGCCAAAGGUCCGGGUUUAUUUUUUGUUUUACCUUGUGUUGAUUCAAUAAUCAAAGUUGAUUUACGAACAAUAACUUUUGAUGUUCCUCCUCAAGAAAUUCUUACAAGAGAUUCUGUAACUGUAUCAGUUGAUGCUGUUGUUUAUUUUCGAAUAUUUAAUCCAAUAAUAAGUGUAACUAAUGUUGAAAAUGCACGAUACUCUACACAAUUACUUGCUGCAACAACACUUCGUAAUAUUUUAGGUACAAAAACAUUACAAGAAAUUUUAUGUGAGAGAGAAAAUAUUUCACGUUUAAUGCAAGUUCAUCUUGAUGAAGGAACAGAUCCAUGGGGUGUGAAAGUUGAACGUGUAGAAAUUAAAGAUGUUCGUCUCCCUGUUAGUAUGCAACGUAGUAUGGCUGCAGAAGCUGAAGCUGCUCGAGAAGCUCGGGCUAAAAUAAUUGCAGCUGAAGGUGAACAAAAAGCUUCAAGAUCUUUAAAAGAAGCGGGUGAUGUGAUUAGUGAAAAUCCAGUAGCAUUACAAUUACGAUAUCUUCAAACGUUGACACAUAUAUCAGCAGAAAAAAAUUCUACAAUUGUUUUUCCUAUUCCUGUCGAACUUUUAAAAUUAAUGAAAAGUCGAAGUGACGUGCGUAAAACUACUGGUUUAUAG